AUGUCCGAAUUCGAUGAAAAGCUGCAGGUCCAGGAGACUGGAAGUGGACAUGACGUCAAGAAUGAUGAGAAAAUAGAGGAAACGGAGAUCUUCGGGGAAGUCGAUGAAGAGGCAGAGGAGGAAGCGCGAGAGAAACUACGCCGCGAGAGGGAAGCUAGAGCGCAAGCUCUGACCUUGGAAAUUGUGGGCGAUCUACCUUAUGCUGAGGUCAAGCCCCCAGAGAAUGUUCUCUUUGUAUGCAAGCUCAAUCCUGUCACAGAAGAUGAGGAUCUAGAUACGAUCUUCAGCCGCUUCGGUCCAAUCGUAUCCUGCGAAGUCAUUCGAGACAAGCGCACAAAAGACAGCCUGCAAUAUGCAUUUAUCGAAUUCGAGAACCAGAAGGACUGCGAGCAGGCAUAUUUCAAGAUGCAAGGAGUGUUGAUUGAUGAUCACCGCAUCCAUGUCGACUUCUCACAGAGUGUAUCGCGGCUUUCAGACAAAUGGAGAACUGCCACAAACUCCAAACGAGCGCAACACGGAGGGGGCUUUGGUGGUAUCGCUGGUCUCGAGAAGAAGCGACAAUUCAGGGCUAUAGAUCCGAAAAGUGACGAGGACCGCAAACGCUCUAAUGGCUAUGGAAUGGUCAUUGACAAAAAUGCAAUACGCCAUGAACGAGACAAGGAACCCGAUCGACGAGACCGGCCGCGCAAACACUCACGAAGUCGGAGUCCUAGGAGUCACGAUCGAUACCGAGAACGUGUACCUUCAGGAGAUGUUCGGCGAAGAAGAGACAGAAGCAGAGACUACCAACGAGAUGACUAUGAGGACCGCAGCAGGAGGCGGUAG